UCAGGUGGAAAUUGGAAUUAGGUAAGUAAAUUGCUUAUUUGGUUUCAGAAAAUGGAAAGCACAUGAAAACCUUUCUAGUAAGACACUUUUGCAGGUUAGGGAAUUCAUGGCCACACUCUCUUCCCUUCUCUUAUCUUCUCUUCUCAGCUAAAACCCAUAAUUUUUAUUCUCCAAAGCCCUUUGUUUUAUAUUAUCUAAACUCGCUUCUUUUUUCAAUUAUUGUUCAUGGUGGAUCUGCUGAGUUAACUCGGUCUGCCAUGUAAAAUCUCCCCCACCCCCAAUCAAAUCAACAAAACAAGAAAGUCAAAAAAGAGGGCAGUGAAAAAAAAUGGAUUUUGAUGAACAUGAUGACCAAGAAGAAGAAAUGGGUAUGGCUGUUCCACCAGGCUACGAUUCACUGGGUACCUUAUCGGAAACUUGGUCGAAACCGGGACCUACCCCCACCGGCGGUGGUGAUGGCUUGGCGAGAAAAGUGGGGUCCACCACGGUAAGGUAUCGAGAGUGUCUGAAGAACCACGCCGUGAGUAUCGGCGGCCACGCGGUGGAUGGUUGCUGCGAGUUCAUAGCGGCGGGUGAUGAAGGGACCGUCGAGGCCUUGAAAUGCGCCGCCUGUAACUGCCAUAGGAAUUUUCAUCGCAAGGAAACCGAGGGGGAAAGUAAUGUUUAUAGCUAUAACCCUCACUACCACCACCACCAGCAGUACCCCCAAUUCUCGCCUUACUAUCGGGCACCACCACCAGCCGGAUAUCUCCACCUCACGCCACCUUCACAGUACAGGCCAUUAGCGUUGCCGGCAGCGUCAGGUGGCGGCGGGGACAGUAGAGAAGAAGAAGACUUCUCGAAUCCCAGUAGCAGUGGCGGUGGCGGAGGAUCAAAGAAGAGAUUCAGAACAAAAUUCACAGCCGAACAAAAAGAAAAAAUGCUUGAUUUCGCUGAAAAACUGGGGUGGAGGAUUCAAAAACAUGAUGAAGCUGCCAUACAACAAUUUUGUGAAGAGACUGGUGUUAAAAGGCAUGUUCUUAAAGUCUGGAUGCACAAUAACAAGAACACCCUUGGUAAGAAACCCUAACAACCAUUAUGAUUAUUAUAAUGGGACAAAAAAAUUCAUGAUUAGGGUUUUUAAUUUUUAUAUUUGUUGUGAAUGAGCCAUUGCUCAAAACUAUAAAACAUCUUCUCUAACACCUAGUUUUUGUUAUUAAUUAAUCUCUCCCUUUGAGCUCAAAAACUGCAACAUCUUAGCUUGGAAUUUUAUCAGGUCAUUUUCCCUUCUUCCA